CUCGAGCUCAUAGCCAGGCCUUAAGGUUAGCGUGUUUUGGAGGGUUAGAGGUAAAUCCACGGCGAGAGACAACGAAAUGUUGACGCUGGAGACUUCGUCGGCAAUGACAUUCUGAAGCUUGCUUCGACGGCACUAACCACCAUGGAGACGGCCUCUUCUACUACUACUGCACCAUCAACCCAGUGCCGGAUCCCUUCCAUGGCGGCGGAUGAGUUCACUGCUGACAGGAACUGGCGUAAUCUUCCGCAACGUCUCGAACGGCUCGUGGAGGUUCUGCAUGAGUUGGAUCCAGACAACUUCUCCAACAAUAAUUAUGGAUGUAGUGAUCCUCAAGAGGCUCGACGCAUUGCCAUUACAGCAGCCGUUAUGGCGUCGGCCGACUGCACGGGGAAUAAAUUGGUUCAAUCCUUUCAGGCCCUCUUUCGAGCUUCUCUGGAAUCGAGACAAUCCACUACCGUUACAUCCAAUGACGACAAUGACGAAAUGAACGAAGAAGAGGAGGAAGAGAAGGAGGAACCAGAUGAAUUGUUUGCCAAUGGUGCUGAUUUGGUCAUUUUUGAACACUUGCGGACACUGGGGUGGAUUCGAAGCAAUGGAUUCCUCAUGCCGGCUUUUGGGGCCGCCGUUCACCGAGCAAUUUUGAAAAAAGUAAAGACCACCAUUGCGGGAGAUUUUGAAGAAGAGGGAUUCUUUGACACUAUUCAAGCGUGGUGUGAAUCCACUGUUGAAGUAUGGGUCACCGAUGUGGUUGGACCAGAUCGAUUUGAGCAGGAAAACUGGUCCAAACGGUUGCGGCACUGUGCAGCGCAAUGCUUUUGUUUGGUCCGUAUUGACGAAAUCUUUGACAUUGUUUGUGAAUUUCCGGAUAGUCGACCAGCUGUGGCGGAAAUUCAGUCAGUCAUGGAAAAGACCAAAAUGCAUUCGCAGUUAGGCGAUGCUCUGAGGAAGAGUUUGGUGAGAAGAUUGAACCAUCCAGGUGCCAACACUUCCCAGAUUAUUGAUUGUUACAUCAACAGCAUCAAGGUCCUUCGGGAGAUUGAUCCCUCGGAUCGUCUUCUCGAGGUUGUUACGGAACCAGUCAGAUCCUAUUUGCGAGCCCGGAAUGAUACUGUGCGAUGCAUCAUCACAAGUCUCACUGAUGCCGAGGUUGGUGGUGACUUAUACGAAGAACUCCGCCGCCAGGAUGCUAGGCCACUCGAAGCAAUCCGCGAUGACUCGGACGAUGAAGAGGAAUGUCCCACCUUUGAUUGGCAGCCAGCACCCUCCAUUACCAAACCCAAAGGAACAUUCUUGGCAGGAAGCAAAGGUGGGGGCGGUGGAGACAUUCUCGCCAUGCUCGUGAGCAUUUAUGGAAGCAAGGAACUCUUUGUCAAUGAAUACAGAGUGAUGCUAGCCGACAAACUACUCUCCAACCUCGACUUCAACACGGACAAGGAAGUGCAUACACUCGAGCUUCUCAAGUUGAGAUUUGGAGAACUGAGCAUGAGGAACUGUGAGAUUAUGAUCAAAGACAUGGAUGAUAGCAAGCGUGCAGUGAAUUCGAUUCAUUCCGAUGUAAAAGCGAGCGGCAAGGCUGCGCCCGUGGUGGACUCUGCUGUGGUCUCCCAUAUCUUUUGGCCUCCUCUGCAAAACGAUCAGUUGAAGCAUCAUCCGAGGAUCCAAGCUGGACUUGACCAGUACAGUGCCGAGUUUUGUCGUCUGAAGAACCCUCGAAGGCUCAUUUGGCUCAACCAACUGGGUACCGUGCAGUUGGAGCUCGAUGUGGCGGAGGAAGGACCGGAUGGCACACCCAUUGUGGAGACACGUGAAUUCAAUUGCUCCCCAUUGUUGGCAACACUCAUUUCGCACUUUGAGGACAAGGAGCUGUGGACUUCGGAGGAUCUGUCCAACGAAACUGGUAUUGCAGAGCACAUUAUUCAGAAGAGGAUGGGAUACUGGGUCAGUAAUCGCGUGGUCAAGAUUGUUCCCUCGUCGCAAUCAGCUGUGGUUUACCAGGUGGCAUCCCAAGAACACUUGUUGCAAGGUGAACAUGACGUAGACAGUGCAAUGAUGGAUCUGGAUCACGGCGACAGCCAAGCUGUGUCCUUGUUUGCCCAAGAAGAAGAAAAAAUGGGAGUUUACGAGAGCUAUAUUGUUGGCAUGCUCACAAACCUGGGGCAACUACCACUCGAAAAGAUCCACAAUAUGCUCAAGAUGUAUGUUUCGGGUAGCGACGUGAAAUUUACCCAGACGCCCUCGCAGCUGAGUACAUUCUUGAAGUAUCUUUGCAAACAGGAGAAACUGGAAUGUGGCCCCGAUGGCAUGUACAAACUCUAUAAGAAGUAACGAGAUUCGAUUCAACUAGCUUUUACUUAUAUACAGU